AUGGCAAAUAUAGUUACAAACAUAGAAAGAGGAGAGGAGGUGGAACACCAAGGAGAAAAUCAAAGCAUGAGCCUUUCAAAUGAGCAGUAUGGCCAAAUUGUCAGCUUGCUACAACAUUUUCAUAUGGGAAACAAUGAGAAUACAGUCAGUGCAAACUUGUCUAGUGGAGCCUCUAUGAACUUUGCAGUAAAGCUGAAAACAAAAGAGGGUGCUCCAUUGUCUGAUCCUACCUUCUACAGAAAAUUGGUUGAAAAAUUAAACUUCCUUACUAAUACUAGACUAGAUAUAGCAUAUGGGGUCCAACAUCUCAGCCAGUUUAUGCAAGAUUCUAGGGAGCCCCACUUACAGGCAGCCUAUCAUAUGCUGAGGUAUCUGAAGAAGGAUCCUACUCUGGGUCUAUAUUUCAGCAAUGAAGAUAAUCUUUUACUGGUUGCUUAUUGUGACUCUGAUUGGGCAGCUUGCCCUUAUUCUAGAAGAUCAGUAUCUGGUUAUGUUGUGUUCUUAGGUGGCAGCCCCAUCAGCUGGAAACCAUAUCCCUCUCCUCAGCAGAAGCAGAAUACAAAGCCCUUGGAAAAGUUGCUGCACAUUGGUAUUGGACAGCAGCUUGUAGAUGUGCUUAGCAAAGCUCUCACUGGGAUUAAGCAUUGCUCUGUUCUUGGAAAAUUGGGUGUGAUCUCCUCACAUCCAACUUGA